CGCACUUGGACUUCCCUCUCCAUUCGCUGGCCGCCUCGCUCCGGGUCCCCACGGCUGUGAACUGAUCUGGUGCGGGGGGUGGGGGGAGGAGGAAAGCGCAGGCGAGCGAGCGAGCGAGAGAGCGGGCGAGCGAGCCAGAGAGCAAAGCGAGAGCGAGAGAGCCGGGAGGCUGAGGGAGUAGUGACCGCCUUCCGGAGCCGGGAUUCAUGCCUGUCCUCGGGACCAGCGAAGGGGACUUUACGGCUGAGUAUGAGCCAGGCUGCUAGGAGCCAGGUACCCCCACGCCUGCAGUCCCCGCGCCGUUCCCGGUAUGCGAGCUGGACGCAGGGCUCUCCCAAGUUCCCACCGAGCCGAAUAAAAAGCGCCCUCCCGCAGCUCUCCGCCAAAGACGGACAUUGACUCCAGGGCGCCACAGAAUGGAGCAAGAAUGAGAGGAGAAAGGCCGGCAGAAAAGCAUGAACUGGAGGUUUGUUGAGCUCCUCUACUUCCUGUUUGUAUGGGGCCGUAUCUCAGUGCAGCCCUCCCACCAGGAACCAGCUGGGACAGACCAACAUGUCUCCAAGGAAUUUGAUUGGCUUAUUUCAGACAGGGGGCCUUUCCACCACUCCAGGAGCUACCUAUCCUUUGUGGAAAGACACCGUCAAGGAUUUACAACCAGAUAUAAAAUAUACAGGGAGUUUGCCCGUUGGAAGGUGAGGAACACAGCCAUCGAGAGGAGAGACCUGGUCCGCCAUCCAGUGCCCCUCAUGCCAGAGUUUCAAAGAAGCAUCCGCUUGCUUGGCAGGAGACCCACCACUCAGCAGUUCAUCGAUACCAUCAUCAAAAAGUACGGCACCCACCUCCUCAUCUCUGCCACCUUGGGAGGGGAGGAGGCCUUGACCAUGUACAUGGACAAAAGCCGCCUCGACAGGAAGUCAGGGAACGCCACGCAAAGUGUUGAAGCUCUGCACCAGCUUGCAUCGUCCUACUUUGUCGACCGUGACGGCACCAUGAGGAGGCUCCAUGAGAUCCAGAUAUCAACUGGAGCCAUCAAGGUUACAGAGACACGCACUGGGCCUCUGGGCUGUAACAGCUAUGACAAUCUGGACUCUGUGAGUUCCGUCCUUCUGCAAAGCACGGAGAGCAAACUGCACCUUCAAGGUCUUCAGAUAAUCUUCCCUCAGUAUCUGCAAGAGAAGUUUGUCCAGUCGGCCUUGAGCUACAUCAUGUGUAACGGCGAGGGAGAGUACGUGUGCCAGAACAGCCAGUGUCAAUGUCAGUGUGCGGACGAGUUCCCACAGUGUAACUGCCCCAUCACCGACAUCCAGAUCAUGGAGUACACGCUGGCCAACAUGGCCAAGUCCUGGGCCGAAGCUUAUAAGGACCUGGAGAAUUCAGAUGAGUUUAAAUCGUUCAUGAAGCGUCUCCCCAGCAACCACUUCCUGACCAUCGGGAGCAUCCACCAGCACUGGGGCAAUGACUGGGACCUGCAGAACCGCUACAAGCUCCUGCAGAGUGCCACCGAGGCCCAGAGGCAGAAGAUCCAGCGCACCGCCCGCAAGCUCUUCGGCCUCAGUGUCCGCUGUCGCCACAAUCCUAACCACCAGCUGCCUAGAGAGAGGACAAUUCAGCAGUGGCUUGCAAGGGUCCAGUCGCUCCUCUACUGCAAUGAGAACGGGUUUUGGGGCACCUUCCUGGAGAGCCAGAGGAGCUGCGUGUGCCACGGCAGCACCACACUGUGCCAGCGGCCCAUCCCCUGCAUCAUAGGGGGGAACAACAGCUGUGCCAUGUGCAGCCUGGCCAACAUCUCCCUCUGCGGCUCCUGCAACAAGGGCUACAAGUUGUACCGGGGCCGCUGCGAGCCACAGAACGUGGACUCGGAGCGGAGCGAGCAGUUCAUCAGCUUCGAGACCGACCUGGAUUUCCAGGACCUGGAGCUGAAGUACUUGCUGCAGAAGAUGGACUCGCGCCUCUACGUGCACACCACCUUCAUCAGCAACGAGAUCCGCCUCGACACCUUCUUCGAUCCCCGGUGGCGCAAGCGCAUGUCCCUCACGCUCAAGAGCAACAAGAACCGCAUGGACUUCAUCCACAUGGUGAUCGGCAUGUCCAUGCGCAUCUGCCAGAUGCGCAACAGCAGCCUGGACCCCAUGUUCUUUGUCUACGUCAACCCCUUCAGCGGGAGCCACUCGGAGGGCUGGAACAUGCCCUUCGGGGAGUUUGGCUACCCACGCUGGGAGAAGAUUCGUCUCCAAAACAGCCAGUGCUACAACUGGACUCUCUUGCUGGGCAAUCGGUGGAAAACGUUUUUCGAGACGGUCCACAUCUACCUACGAAGUCGGACUCGGCUACCUACCCUACUGCGUAAUGAGACUGGCCAGGGCCCGGUGGACCUGUCCGAUCCCUCCAAGAGGCAGUUCUACAUCAAGAUCUCCGAUGUGCAGGUGUUCGGGUACAGCCUGCGCUUCAAUGCUGACCUCCUUCGCAGUGCCGUGCAGCAGGUCAACCAGUCCUACACACAAGGCGGCCAGUUCUAUUCUUCUUCGUCCGUGAUGCUCCUCUUGUUGGAUAUUCGGGACCGAAUUAACCGCCUGGCCCCUCCCGUGGCCCCGGGGAAACCUCAGCUGGACUUGUUCUCCUGUAUGCUCAAGCACCGCCUGAAACUGACCAACAGCGAGAUCAUCAGGGUGAACCACGCCUUGGACCUCUACAACACCGAGAUCCUCAAACAGUCAGACCAGAUGACGGCCAAACUCUGUUGACCUGGGGACUCCUUGCCAUGGGCUUUCCCUUUUGUUGUACACACAUAACAGAACAAAGCAAAGCAACACAAACAAAAAUUUGUAAAAUGUAAUUAAUAAUUCAAAGAAAAGGAGGAAGAGUCUUCAUUCGUUGGAAACUAAAACGUUCUAGCAACUGUAUAAAACCGUUGGGCAUGUUUGUUAUUUCUAUACUCUGUCAUGAAGAAGGGUCUCAGCCUUUGGAGGAGCUUGGAGGGGUUGCUUCUUAGGCCUCAGGUGCUGUAUUGUGGGGGGAGAUGGGGGAGAGCAUAUGCAAUGAAUUGCAAAGAUCUCUGCUGUGCAGGUGCUAAGAUCAAACACUUAAAAGAAAGAGAGAUAUAUGUAAUGUACAACUGACACUGCCAUUUUUCCUUGUGGGAGGAAAUGGACAUACAUAAAGAUAUUUCUUGGGUUAUGAUUUCUUCCCUC